ACUUCCAUGGCCGGCUGAUUGUUGGUUUAAAAUCUCUUAUUUACCAAACCUUGAAACCAUUUUGUGGUUUUCAAACAGCAAAUGAAGCAUGUUAAUAGUACUCAACGAAGAAUCACAUAGAAUCAGACUAAUUUGCACGCCAAAUAGAUUGUAAUGACAUUCUUGACUUCACUGGCCAAGCGUGUUUAUAAACCUCACUCGACCUUUUUGGUAAAAGAAGAAAUUCAAUGCUUACAUUACAUGGGUGCGAGGUCUGUACUCAACUGAGGCAAUAGUUUGCGAGGCAGAGAAGUUUAUUAAACAAGACAUCAAAUGCUGCAUCAGGCUGAUGAAUAAGACUAGAGUGCUGAAUCAGAACGUGAAUUAGAUUGGCGAUUAUUGGGGGGUGAUUUUUUGUACAUACAGGAAAAAAAAAAUGAAAAAUUUAGUGUAUGAGAAUUCCAUUGAAGGAGAGUGAUUCAAUAAUUUGUUGCCAGAUAACCACAUAAAAACAAGAUGCAGUCUCUAGAAUAAAAACAAGAUAACUUCUCCAGGCAUAAAAACAAGAUGCUUUCUACAGGUGUGAACUACUUAAACCAGGUUCUUGCUUACUCGGCUGCAGGUGGAAGGUUUGGGGGACAAGUGUUCUGGUGCGGGGUCUUAAGCUGCCAUACACAAAUGGGAGCUGGAAAUUGAGAGAGCAGAACAGAGAAAAGGUGAAAUUCAGAAGUGGAAAGGAAGGGAAAGUUAAGAUUUGAGAAAUUUUAUACAAUUUUGAGACAGAGAAGGAUAUGAUGGGUACGAGUGGAUCAAUGCAGUGGGGGUUGAGAAUGAAAGGGAAAUUUUUGGUUGGUUUAGUUGUAGCAUCACUGGUGGUUGCAGCAGAAUCAAGAUUGAAACAAGAAGGUUCAACUCACAAUAAGACUCAAACUCACAACACGACUCAAAUUCACAGCACAACUCAAAACCUUGUCCAGCCUCAUCAUGGAAACAAGGGUCGUUCAGAUUAUAAACAUUUUUGGCCGAAAAUGAAAUUUGGCUGGAAGAUUGUGGUGGGAGCAAUAGUUGGAUUCCUUGGAGCAGCAUUUGGCAGCGCAGGAGGUGUUGGUGGGGGUGGCAUUUUUGUUCCAAUGCUCACCCUGAUUAUUGGGUUUGAUGCAAAAUCAUCAAUAGCCAUAUCAAAAUGUAUGAUCACAGGUGCAGCAGCUGCAACAGUAUACUACAACUUGAAACAGAGACAUCCCACACUUGAAAUGCCUGUUAUUGACUAUGAUCUUGCUCUUCUUUUCCAACCAAUGCUGGUUCUAGGAGUUAGCAUUGGAGUUACUUCCAAUGUGAUUUUUGCUGAUUGGAUGAUCACAGUUCUGCUAAUUAUUAUCUUCAUUUUUAUGUCAACCAAGGCAUUCUUGAAGGGUAUUGAAACAUGGAAGAAAGAAACCAUAGCUAAAAAGGGGGCUCACAAAUGCCUUGAAUUGAAUGGCAACAACGUUGAAGUUGUGGUUCCCAAACCUCCUCCUGAAAGCAUAAAUGAAAGUGCUCAAACAGAAACCACAAAUCCUAAAAAGGCAAAGGCAAAGGUCUCUAUUGUGGAAAAUGUAUACUGGAAAGCACUUGGACUUCUCUUUGCUGUAUGGUUGAUGAUCCUUGCAUUGCAGAUUGCUAAGAAUUACUCGAGAACGUGUUCCAUACCAUAUUGGUUGUUAGACUUUUCUCAGAUUCCAGUUGCAGCUUCAGUAACUAUAUACCAGGCAGUUUGCCUUUACAAAGGACGGAGAAAAAUUGCAUCCAAAGGAGAAGCAGGGACCAACUGGCGAGUACUCAAGUUGCUUAUUUAUUGUUUCCUUGGUCUAGUAGCUGGUAUGGUUGGUGGGUUGCUCGGACUUGGUGGAGGAUUCAUUUUAGGUCCACUUUUUCUUGAAAUGGGAAUCCCUCCCCAGGUGUCAAGUGCCACUGCCACCUUUGCAAUGACAUUUUCUGCUUCCAUGUCUGUGGUAGAAUAUUAUCUUCUAAAACGUUUCCCAGUUCACUAUGCUCUCUACUUCUUUGCUGUGACCACCAUAGCCGGCUUUGUUGGGCAACAUGUGGUAAGAAAGGUGAUUAACAUGUUAGGAAGAGCAUCUAUAAUCAUCUUCAUUUUGUCCUUCACAAUCUUGGUCAGUGCAAUGUCACUAGGAGGGGUUGGCUUAGCAGACAUGAUAAAAAAGAUUGAGAGGAAGGAGUACAUGGGAUUUGACAACAUUUGUUCAUAUGCAUAGACCCAUCAGCAUCUGAAUGGAACCAGAAAACUCCUCAGUGCAAAGCAGCAGUGAAGAUCCACAAGGGCACAGAAUUAAUAUCGGUAGGAGUGAGUGUCUAUGUUAAUUAAUUUGAGUUUAGAAUGUAACCCAUAGGCCUAAUUCAAUUUAAAAUUGGUAGUUAAAAACUUUCAUUGUCCUUCAUUAUUUUCUAUUUUUAGCGACGCCUGGUUGCUCUUCGUAGGCUUCAAAUUUGAAACCCCUUGAAAGAAAUGUUGAGAUAUUAAACUGUGAUGUCUUCCUUGAGGACCAGGCUUGGAUUUUUAUUUUGCACUGUUGAAUGUUUAAUGGAGUUUGUUGA